CGACUGAAGAAAACAUAUUACGUCGACUCAAAUUCUUUGAAAGUAUGAACGGUUCAUUCUUAGUUCUUACGUUAGUGGUUAUUUGAUUAUUUACGAAUGGAGAAAAGCAAACAACAUUCUUAUUUGACUAGGCGCAACAAGGCAGCAAAUUUUGAAGAAAAUGAAAAUCCCGGAAAAAAGUCGCCAGCUUUGUCCAGGAUUAAAAAUGUCGAAACUGCUGAAGUUGCAAAAUACAUCAUGAUUUCUGGAUAUGCCAGUCCACCUUGUAGGCAGCCGAACACAUUUAGCCAGCAAAGCGAAAGUGAAGUCGUAUGGGACUUGACUUCACCAAGUGCAAGGAAAUAUCAAGUAAUGCUAAGUGAUAAAAAGACAAGCACACCAAACCAAACUCCUACCCGUAAAAGGGAGCUGAGACCUCAUAUUGCUCGAUGUAAGAAGAAUAUUGUGCUUGCAGAAGACAAAAAUAAUGAUGUAGUGAACGAACUUGCAAUGUUAAAUGAUUUGCUCAAUAAACAAGCACAAACAAUCAUGACUCCCCCUCGUUCUGCCAAAGGAAGUGUCAUAGACAGUAGUGAGUUGCUGAUUGAUAAAAAUAAAUCUGUCUUACAAGAGAGCCUGAAUACCAGUGAUGCAUUUGGCAAUGACAGCUUCUUCAGUGAAUCAGUACUUUUAAGCACUCAAGCUUUGGAAGAGGAAGCAAUUGGUUGUAACCCAACUCCAUCCAAAAAGAAGAAAAAUGAAUCUUUAAUAACUCCAUCCUCAUCCCCAACAAACAAUUCCACUAUCUUUGUGUUUAAUCAGCCAAGUCCAGAGAAUGUUGCUCGUAGAAGUUUUGAUUUGGAUUCUGAAGACUUAAUUCCAAACAAGAGUCUUGAUAAUUUUGUAUCGCCGAAAUCAGUUACCACAAAACUUCCGGUUGCAAUAGAUCAACGAGCAAUACCCUUGGCUUCACAACCUCGAACACUUCACAACUCCACAGCAUGUGUCAACCAAUCUUCUUCGUCGAAAGUGGGAAAACCCAGCACAUUUAAUCUAACAGAAAAAAUUAUUCCUAAACCGCAAGUAAACGAAGUAAAACCAACCUACAGGGCCGGAACGUCAAUUCCAUCGUUAAGGUCCAACCAAACUCCCCAAUAUGCCAAUGCAGAUCGCAAUAGAAACGUGUGCCCCGACUCAUCUAGAUCUCAAAAAUCAACUUUGUCUGUUCAAGUGAAACCGUUUUCAGGAAUUUCUCACGGCAUUGGGAUUACAAGACUAGUGAAUAAUCCAGUCAAUAAUAAGAAACCAGUUCAUCAAACCAAUUUUGUUGCGCCACCUGAAAAGAUUAAAUCACAAGAUCCAUUUGAUGACGACGACGAUGAUCUUCUUUGUGCAAUGAGUGCUGUCGCGAAAGAAGCUGAAAGCCAAUAUGUGCCAGUAACCUGUAAAACAGAAUUUGACGAUGACGACGACUUUACCCAGCCAGAUGUACUGGCGUUUAUCAGUCAAAUCGAAACACAAGCAAUUCAGACAGUAAAGUCAACAGCCGAACUGUUGGAAGAAAAAAGGCAAGCGGCUAUCCGGAAACGCGAACAGAGAUUGAUGAGCCGCCGUUAAGAGUAUUUGCGUUUCCUACCGUACUGCUGGCAUGAGCAUGAAUAUCUUUGUUCUUUUGUCAAUCAAUGAGCAUGGUUUGUAAGUUAUGAUUCAGAAUUUAAAAUAUUUCGCUAGAAUUACAUAAACUCGGUAAAGUUAAAAA